UCCUAUGCCUGGGAAAUGUUUACUACAUGUAUGUUUUCUUUUUAUUUACAGAUAUUUUCCAAUUUGUCCCUGGAUGAACGUUGCCUUUCUGCAUCAUUGGUUUGCAAGUAUUGGCGUGACCUUUGUUUAGAUUUCCAGUUUUGGAAGCAGUUGGAUCUUAGUAGUCGUCAACAGGUCACUGAUGAAUUAUUGGAAAAAAUUGCAUCAAGAAGUCAGAAUAUAAUAGAAAUCAACAUUUCUGAUUGUCGCAGUAUGUCUGACACUGGCGUUUGUGUUCUAGCAUUUAAGUGUCCUGGACUACUUAGGUAUACAGCGUACAGGUGUAAACAGCUUUCUGACACCUCUAUUAUUGCGGUUGCCUCUCACUGUCCUUUACUUCAAAAAGUACAUGUAGGCAACCAGGACAAACUUACUGAUGAAGGACUCAAACAGCUGGGAUCAAAGUGCAGAGAACUCAAAGAUAUUCAUUUUGGCCAGUGUUACAAGAUCUCAGAUGAAGGCAUGAUCGUCAUAGCAAAGGGCUGUCUGAAACUACAAAGAAUAUACCUGCAAGAAAACAAAUUAGUAAGUACCUGUUUUUAUCUUCAUGCUGUUCAUUUAAUUUCUGACCUUUGAAUUCUUUAAACUUUAGUUGUACAUUUUCUAAUGCAUUU